GGUUGAUUUUUUAACAUAGAAACAAUUGUUUAUCUUUUUCCAUGUAAACGUGUUUAUCUAAUUAUGUGAAUUUAUAAACACAAAAAUAAUUUUGUCAUCACUUAGUGCUGGAAUUGUUAGGGUGUAAUAAAGUGUGAAAUUAUUUUUCAACGUCUUACUCCAUUUUGAAAAAAAUCUCUUUAAAAACUUUUCAAGCGGAUCAUUAAAUCAUAGAAAAAGACACCAUGAAUAAUUCAACACCUAUGUAUGAAACGCAUAGUUUCAUCGAGUGUCUUGAAAAUGCUGCUAUGCCUGUAAUGAAGGUUUCCAAAAGCUUGAAACACACCAUUUUGAAUUGGAUAAAGCCAUUAACGCUUCAGGAAAAGCUGGAGUUGCACAAAUCUAUUUAUCCUAUGAUGGAAUGGUUAAAUACAAUGGAACAAAUUAUUUCAUCUCUUGGAUCAGAGUUGAUUCGAGUUGAUAAAACAACCGCAAGGGCCAGACUAAUAAAUUUGCGCCAUUUCAUGCAGAAAAUCAAAAAUAAACAGCAUGAAAAAGAUUGGAUAGUUAAAACGUCCAAAAAAAUAAUUAAAAAGUUGGAUUAUCUAGAUUCAAUAAUUAUGGUUCAUAAAUGGGCCUCUGACAUUCAAACUAAAUGGGUUAACAUUUGUGUAAUGGCAAUGAAUCUCGAAAAGAUACUUUUAAAAAUGUUGACGGAUGAUGGGAAACAAUCGAAUGAAGUUUCAGCCGAUCAGUCGAAAACAGCGGCUGCUUCUACUGUGGUGGUUUGACCAGUUUUUAUAUUUUUCCAUAAUUGGUGCCUUAAAAUACUUCAAUUAAAAAUUGUUAUCUCAACAAAUUAUUAAUAUUAUUUUAUACGUGUUACUUACAAUUUUCUGUCAAUCACCAAGACUUUGUAGCUGUACUUACAGUGAUAUGAUUAUUUUUCA